CCACCCAUAACACAUAUGUUGUCCUCAGCUUCUUACCAGCUGCUCAUCCUGGCCUAUUCCUCUCUGGCCUGCUCCCUAGGGAGAACUAGUUAUCCAGUUCCAGUGGGAGCUUGUAAUGGUAUGAAGUCCCAUUCCACUGGGUCUAAAGUCAAGUUUGACGUGCUGGGAAGUAGCAGACAAAUGAACCAGAGAAAACCUCUUCUGCCUUUUGCUGAUGUGGAAGGUCAUGCUUUCUUAGGGGAGGCAGAGAAGAGCAACAUUAAUGGUCCUACCAUGGCUAUGAGAGCUGGAGAGCAUCAUGAAGAUUCCAGCACAGAUGGCUUGGGUCCAGAUCUCAGGGGUCCCCUGAAGGGGCUGAGUUACUCGACUAAGGCCAGAGUGCUCAACACAUUGAAGCAUCAAGUCCUAUUACACAAAGAACCAACAACAAUACGCAUUCUAUUUUCCCAAAGAGUGCCAUACCUUACUGAAGAAAUUGAGGGUGAAAUCAUUGUCUUUCAGGAUGGAAUUUUCAAGUGCAAACAGUGCUGUUCUAACUUCUGCUACCAUUCAUGUCAAGGGCUAGCUUUUCCAUUUACUUCAAUAAGAACAGAGUUAGCCCAGUGCUGUGUGGUUAAGAAGAUAUUCCUCAGUGUCCUGGCUAUGGUUUAUAUCCAUUUGUCUGUUACAAACCACGGAAACCUGAAUUUGACAGAGGAUGCAAAAACCUAUUUUAUAAAAAUCCCUGAACAAAACCAAAACAAGUUCCACUAUGCAGAAUACCUAGAAAAAAUGCUUUUAUUUUACAGACAAAGACUUAGUCUUAUAUUUUAACUUGUAAACAUCCCAGGAUGGCUAAAAGUCAAAGGUGUAGACAGAGAUAAAUUGACUGUUUUUCCUCACUACAAAGCUACACAAUGAGACGGUCAUGAAAAGCAGUCUUUGUAAACGGUAUUUAUCAUUGUUUCUACAUUUUUAUUGUUUGGUGAUAAACAGUUUAAA